AUGUAAAAAAUCCAUAGACUAUUUAUAAAGAAAAAUUUAAAUUUGAAAUAAUAAUUAUAAUUUGGGAAUUCAACAAAUUUAAAAUAAGUUUUAAAAGAUUUAAUUCCCCAAAAAUAAGAAGAGUUAAGAGAAAUUAGAGAAAAAUAUGGUACUAAAAACAUAGGUGAAUUCAAUGUAAAAUAACUGAUAGGAGGAAUGAGAGGAAUCAAAUGUUUAAUGAGUGAUCUUUCUCGUUGCGAUCCAUAUGAUGGUAUUAUUUUCAGAGGAUAUUCGAUUCCUUAAUUAAAAAAAUUACUUCCCAAAAAUGAUCCUACAGCUGCCGAUUAAUUGAAUUAAGAACCUCUUCCUGAAGGAAUUUUUUGGUUAUUAAUGACAAGCUAAAUACCUACACAUGAAUAAGUAAAAGCAUUAGAAAGAGAAUGGUAAUAAAGAGGAAAGAUAGAAGAUUCUAUAGUUUAGUUUAUUCUUAAAUUACCUAAAGAUCUCCACUCUAUGACAAUGCUUUCAAUGGCAAUUUUAUAAUGUUAAAAAUAUUCUAAAUUUGCUCAUCUAUAUGAUAAAGGAUAAGUUUCGAAGAAAGAUUUUUGGGAUCCUUUUUAUGAAGAUGCUAUGGAGUUAAUCGCGAAAAUUCCUCGUUUAGCUGCUAUUAUUUAUAGACAUAAAUUUAAUAAUUCUAUUCUAAUUGAAAGUGAUGAUAAACUUGAUUGGGCAGGAAAUUAUGCUCAUAUGAUGGGAUUUGAUAAUAAAAUUGUCUAAGAAUGUAUUAGAGGUUAUUUAUCUAUUCAUUGUGAUCACGAAGGAGGAAAUGUUUCCGCCCAUACUACUCAUUUGAUUGGCUCUGCCCUUUCCGAUGCUUAUCUUUCUUAUGCAUCGGGUAUUAAUGGUUUGGCUGGACCUUUACAUGGAUUAGCCAAUUAAGAGGUUUUAAGAUGGAUGCUUGAUUUUGUGGCAGAAAAAGGAACUACUGUUAGUAAUAAAGAUAUUGAAGACUAUGUUGAUAAAAUUGUUAAUAGUGGGAGAGUUGUACCAGGAUAUGGGCAUGCGGUUUUAAGAUAAACUGAUCCUAGAUUUACUCAUUAAGUUGAUUUUUCGAAAUUCCAUUUAAAAGAUGAUAAAUUCGUAAAACUUUUACAUUAAUGUGCUGAAGUUAUUCCUAAUAAAUUGAAAUCUUAUAAAAAGAUUGCUAACCCUUAUCCUAAUGUAGAUUGCCAUAGUGGAGUUUUGCUAUAUUCAUUAGGACUUAAAGAAUAUAGUUAUUAUACUGUAAUUUUUGCUGUAUCAAGAGCACUUGGAUGUAUGGCUAAUUUAGUUUGGUCAAGAGCUUUUGGUUUACCUAUAGAACGUCCUAGUUCAGUAGAUAUAAAUUGGAUUAAAUAAUAAUUUAAAUAAUAAUGA